AUGAGGGUCUUGAUACCGUUUCUGACUUUGCACCUCUGUACUGUCUCCAUUUUAAAUAUUUCUGCGCCCAUGAAUGAUCUUUAGCGAGUUAAGCAUACCCUGAAGGGCCACCCCUUACACGCCAUUUCCGUUUUAUAUGCUUGCUUUAAAGUAUGUUUGUGGAUACGGAACUGUGUUCGGAGGCUGGCUUAAUAGUACUCACUGAAUGGGCAGUGUUAGGCUCUGCCUUUAGCAUGAAAGGAAAUUAAAGCUGGGAUAACAAUUUGUUCAAAUGUGCACACUGCGGAUUCUGGGUGGGGCCCCCACGUUCUGACUCAUGCUCAUCUCUUGGAUUUCCCAGUGCUUGGCUAAGUAUAGAAAAGCAUGUUUUGGAGGGAUCUGCCUCCUAAAUAAGUCCUUUCUCUGGAAAUUGUAAAACGUGCUGCCAGAGUCGUGGAUGAAAAAAUGAAAUUUGGGUUAGGUUCUUUACAUUUUUCUGCGUAGCUGGGUUAUUUCCUAGUUUUUACUUUACUAUAUAGUCUAGGAAAUAAAUUCAUUGGUGCCAUAAAAUCCUGGCAUACAAAAUACAUAGGUGAAUUUUAAGUCAAAGGAAGGGUAGCAGAAACUUUUAAAUACUGUAAAUCUGUGGCUAGCUUGUUAAAUAAUAAUAUUUCCAUAAUUUUGUUUAGCUGUAUUUAGCUCGUAGUCUAAGAUUCCUUCAUGCCUUUGCGAAAAUGAAUUGUAGUCUGACACAUUUCUGUGCCUUGUUUGUGGUGUGGGCAGCGCUGAAUCUCGGAGAUUCUCAGGGCAAUCUUUCUCUUAAUGCCAAGGAAGAGAGUAGGGAAGAAAGAAGCCUACUGGGAGCCCAGCUCCAUCUUCUAUUUGGGAUCUACUUGCUUUGUUUCCUGGGGAGGACGCUAAAGCAGCAUUUUCUAGAUUGCAUUCCAAGUGAGAAUCUCCAGAAUCUGGUCUCCAGGAACAUUAUUCUAAUCUGUGUAUGGAAAAAUCCCAGAAAAUUAAUCCUUUUAUAUUGCGUAUACUCCAAGAAGUGGAUAAAGAAAUUAAAAAGGGGCUAGCAGCAGGAAUCACAUUAAACAUUGCUGGUAACAAUCGCUUAGUGCCAGUAGAAAGAGUUACAGGUGAAGAUUUUUGGAUUCUUUCCAGAAUUUUAAAGAAUUGUCUGUAUAUUAAUGGUUUGGAUGUUGGAUAUAACCUUCUAGGUGAUGUUGGUGCAUACUAUGCUGCGAAACUGGUUCAGAAACAACUCAAUCUCAUUUACUUAAACCUCAUGUUUAAUGAUAUUGGGCCUGAAGGUGGAGAAUUGAUUGCUAAAGUGCUACAUAAGAAUCAGACUCUAAAAUACCUAAGAAUGACUGGAAACAAAAUUGAAAAUAAAGGUGGAAUGUCUUUUGCUGCAAUGCUGCAAAUUAAUUCAUCGUUAGAGAAAUUAGAUCUGGGUGACUGUGACCUGGGAAUGCAAAGUGUGAUAGCAUUUGCUACAGUACUAACUCGAAACCAAGCAAUUAAGGCAAUAAACCUAAACCGACCUAUACUGUAUGGUGAACAGGAAGAGUCCACAGUCCAUAUAGGCCGCAUGUUGAAAGAAAAUCACUGUCUUGUUGUACUACACAUGUGUAAGCAUGAUAUAAAAAACAGUGGUAUACAACAGUUAUGUGAUGCACUGUAUCUGAACAGUAGCCUGCGCUACCUUGAUGUCAGCUGCAACAAAAUAACUCAUGAUGGAAUGGUGUAUUUGGCUGAUGUACUGAAAAGCAACACUACCCUGGAAGUAAUAGAUCUUUCCUUUAACAGAAUAGAAAAUGCAGGGGCAAACUAUCUCAGUGAAACUCUUACUUCACACAACAGGAGUCUUAAAGCGUUGUCAGUAGUCAGCAACAACAUAGAGGGAGAAGGACUUGUUGCACUUUCACAAUCAAUGAAAACAAAUCUCACAUUCUCUCAUAUCUACAUUUGGGGAAACAAAUUUGAUGAGGCUACGUGUGUAGCAUAUUCAGACUUAAUUCAAAUGGGUCGUCUAAAACCAGACAAUACAGAUGUGGAGCCAUUUGUGGUAGAUGGACGCGUAUAUCUUGCAGAAGUCUCCAAUGGUCUUAAAAAGCAUUAUUAUUGGACAUCAACUUCUGGAGAAUCUUAUGACCAUUCAUCUAAUGCAGGUUUUGCUCUUGUUCCAGUAGGUCAGCAGCCAUGAAAAAGUAGCUCUAAAAUAAUUUUCAUACAUUUGUCUUAUUAUUUCACAGAGGUUAAUAUUCUAUAGCCUAUUUGUUUUCUUUUAUAAAUUAAAACAGGUUACUUUUUUCAAAUAAUAACUUCGUAUAACUGUCUAUUGUGAAAAACUGAGUAGGGUAAUUUUUUAAAAGAAAUUUUACAAUAUAAACUAAAGUUUUAACCCUGGAGAAAGAGGCCAAGGAACUAGACUAAAUUUCUUUUUAUAAUGAAAAUAUAACCAAGUAGUGAAAUAGCAUGCAAGUAAAGGUCAUUAUAGGUAUCUAACUGAAAGUUAUUAAGUAGUAUUAAUACAAAGGUUUGUGGUAGCAAAUUACCAGUGACUUUCAAAGGGUUUCAAAGUUCAGAAGUUGAAAAAGUAUUCUACCUAUUUACGUGUUACAGACAGGUAUUAAUAACAAUUUCAUAAAUACAGGCAAAUACAUAUAAACAUAUACAUACCCCUUUCCCAAGUCAGUGCUGCUAGCUUCUCCCACCCUCCUCUCAUAGAUAACCACUAUCCUGAUUUCUAAUACCAAAGAGUAGUUUUGCCUGUUCUUGACCUUUAUAUAAAUGGAAGCAUAUAGUAUA